AGUACGGAGCCCGCGUUGGUCCAAAAAGCGCGGACCACCCCCCCCACAGACAGAUCAGCUCGGUCAGACUGAGACUGAGAAGCUGAACCAUGAGAGUGUUGAUCGGAGGAGGAUCCGGCUUUGUGGGCCGGGAGCUGUCCCGUCUGCUCAGAGACAAAGGUCAUGAGGUCACACUGAUAUCUCGCCAGCCUGGUCCAGGAAAAAUAACAUGGGGUGAGCUGGAGUCUCAUGGCCUCCCACCAUGUGAGGGCGCUGUCAACUUGGCUGGAGAGAAUAUCAUGAACCCACUGAGAUGGUGGAAUGAAAGCUAUAAAAAAGAUUUGUUCUCCAGUCGCAUCGAUACCACCAAAGCUCUGGCUGAAGCGAUAGCUGCCUCGCCCACCCCCCCCCACUCCUGGGUGCUGGUGUCAGGUGUAGCUUGUUACAAACCCAGUCUGACAGGUCAGUAUACAGAAGACAGUGAGUGGACGCCGUUUGACCUCCUCUCCAAACUCGUCAAAGAGUGGGAGGCCGCAGCGCUUCUUCCUGAGACUGCGGCAAAAACCACCAGACAAGUCGUCAUCAGGCCUGGGGCAGUGCUGGGUCGCGAUGGUGGCGCCAUGAAGCAAAUGCUGCUGCCCUUCUGGCUCGGCCUCGGGGGAACUCUGGGGUCAGGAAGACAACCGUUCCCUUGGAUCCACGUCUCGGACCUGGCGGGAAUCAUCGCCCACUCCCUGGAGCCCCUCGCCGACACCCCCCCGCCCUCAACACAGGUGUUCAAUGGAGUCGCACCCGCGCUGAACACCAACUACGAGUUCACUAAGGAACUGGGUCGGCUUCUGAGGCGACCCACCAUUUUUCCUGUACCAGGCUUCGUCAUUAACGGUCUGAUGGGCUCAGAAAGAGCCGUCAUCCUCACGCAGGGACAGAAGGUCGUCCCGCAGAGGACGUUAGAGGCGGGGUUUCAGUACAAGUACCCAGACUUGACGUCAGCCCUGAAGGAGAUUGUUGGGAGUUAAGGGAUUUUGGAAGAUGUACACAAUUAUGUCUAUAAUAAUCCCUUCACGGUUACUGUAUCAUACAUGGACAAAAUAUAAAGAAACUCUGGAUAAAUUAAAUGUGUUGACACAUU